UGUUGGAGGCCUUUCCGAAAAUGCCGCAACAGGGAUCUUAAAAGGUUGUGCGAGUAGAUUAACAUGUUUGGAUGCAACAUUUUUCUAUCUCAGGGAUCUGUCGUGUGAUUUUCUUCUUUAUUUUUAAACUUCACGUUUCAACUACUGAUGACUUAAGCAGAAUUUAUUUAGAAGCUAAAAAGUAGUUUUCUUCAAUUAUCUUCCUGCAGUCAUCAAAAUGCUCAAUGGGAUUAUCUAACUUCUUUUAAUCCUUUUCUUCUUGGACAUUUUAUUCCCUUUAAAAAUAUGUUUAAUGCACCUUCGACUAUUUCGGAUACAUCGACACCGCCUUCUGUUAAAUUAUUGUCUAUUGCUGAACACGCUCAAACAUUACAACUUACAACCAGUCAAAAUAGCAAUAAUGUGAUCAUGGAUGAUUCCUCAUGCAUCGAUUCAUCUGAUCAUGCAACUCAGGAUCUUUUAAAUAACAUUCAUCACAACAGUCCUAACAACAUCAAUAAUUAUUUAUUGCAUUCUGCUAACAAUAACAAAAAUACCUCAUUUUCCUCGAGUAUUGCAGAUCUUUCUUCGCCAUCCUCACUGUUACUUUGCGAAAAUUGUCCCAUAUGUGGCGACAAAGUAUCUGGGUAUCACUAUGGCCUACCAACAUGUGAAUCUUGUAAAGGGUUCUUCAAGCGUACUGUACAAAAUAAAAAGGAAUAUCACUGUAACGAAAAAGGCAGAUGUGUUGUUGAUCGUCAGCAUAGGAAAAGAUGUGCUUUUUGUAGAUUUCAAAAGUGUUUGAAUGUUGGUAUGAAAGUUGAAGCUGUUCGUGAAGACCGUAUGAGAGGUGGCCGUAGUCGUCGCGGACGUUCGUCUUACAGUGUUAUAACAACACCAAAUCAUAACAGUAACAACAACAACAACUUUGAAUUGGACUGUGGAAAACAAAUAAUUCCAUCUAGUUGCUCUUCUAGUGUUUAUUCAAGAUCUCUUGAAAAGGAAGUAUACAACAGUGGUUCUACCUCACACCCUAAUACUGUUACUACAACUGGAAUUGCUACUAGUAAUAUUAUUUCUUCGAAUAACGAUAUUAUUUCUUCCAACACAACUAACACUGGAACUAUGUAUGACACAGACUGUAGUAAUGGACCGUCAGUUGUGUCACCACUGUCCGCUGCCAGCAGGACAACUGGGGAGUCAGAAUCUCUCACUUGUCCAUCAUCGCAAACGCAUUCAGUUUCCUCAGGUAUAACAAUGACUACUACUAGUAGUACAACAACGGAAGCAGCCAGAACUACAAAUACUGCAACGACAUCAAAAGCAGGAGGCUAUUCACCUUUGGGCGAAUCUAACUUAUUUAGUCAAGCUAGUUCAGGGAAUAUGUAUGUCUUGAAACCUGAAGAUAUGAGCACUGAAGAUGAUCAAGGAUACUCCGAUUCUCAAAAUUGUAAAAGGAAUACAAUUAAUAAUGAUAAUAAUGAGAAUUUCUCUAACUGCAUAUCAUCCACUGUUAACUCUUGUUCUUCUUCAAGUCCAGUUUAUCAUCAAACAUCGCUUAGAUCUACUAAUGAUUGUAUUAGUGUUAAAAUGUCAGAAUGUUGUUCCUCAGACAAUGCUAAUUCUACAACAGUAUCUAUUGCAAAUGAUUCAUCAGCAUUUGUUUCAAUGGGAUUCUCUGUUGCUCUUAAAGCUCCUGAUUCUUCGUCCUCCUCCGCUUGUUCAUCAUCUUCCACUUCACCACCUGUUGUCACAUGCACAAGUGCUGUCAAUUUGCCCACUUGUAAUUCUACUAUGGUUGAUCAAAAUCUUUCUCAUUUACCUACCUAUCCAAUGAAUUCAGCAGGCUUCGAUGAAUCAUCUCAAAAAAUUGUCAGUACAACUUUCAAAUCAAUGAGCAUAUCAUCUUCAUCUUUGUCAUCUUUCCCGACUGGAAUGUGUUCAUCAUCUAAUGCAAAUUUUAUUGACCUAUCCAAUUCUGAUUCAAAACGUUCACGUUUAUGUUUCGAUGAUGUGAACAGUGAGGGGAUAAUCAUGAAUGAUUGUAUCCCGAAUUAUCAGUAUACAUCGUCAAAUCUUUCUACAGUUCAAUCACAUAAUCAAAUCCUACAAAAUUAUCAAUUUAAUAAUAACAGUAAUAUACAUGGCGCUCAUUCACGUGCCAAUACAUCUCCUUUGACAUCAGUAGCAGAGGUAUCAGGAGAAUGGUAUCCAUCAAACUUCGGAGUGGUUAACUCAUCUGAACAGUCUUAUCAUCCAUUGUUGGCUACGGCAGCGGCUUCUGCACCAUCAUCAUCGUCAGUAUUAGGUAAUUCUUCUUCUUCGACAACGAUGAAUGAAUGUUCUAGUUAUCUUCAGGUUAUGGGUACAAAUUACCAUCCUGCACUGAAAGAUAUUGCUCAAUCAACGGGUGUUUAUUCGAACUCUUCUUGUAUUACACCAUCAUCGUCUUCGUUUCUGCAUACAUCAAGUAUUGGAUCACAAGGCGUCACUGGUGGUACUGCUGCUAUCGAUAUUACCUCCCUUGCUAGUACUAGUAAUGCUUCGCGACAAUAUCUUAACUCUGAUAAUCCUAUUCUUCCUCCUCCUCUUCAUCAUCAUCUGCAGCAGCAACAGAAUUCCAGAUCCCUCUUAAACUAUAGUCGAUCACAGUCUGGAUUUUGUAGUUCUGUUGCAUGUUGUUCACCUGAGCCUAAUUUAAAUCUCUCUGGAAAUAUGCUCAAUACAACUAAUGCUUCUACAAGUAAUACUUGUUUGUCUUUCAAUUUAGAUAAAAAUACUGCAUGCCUUCCCAGUGAAAAUACCAUUGUUAGUAAUCAUUCAUAUGCAUCAACUUCUUCAAUGAAUGAUAUACAUUAUCAAACCCUACAACAGCAACAAAAACAACGACACAUAAAAAUGCCUAUUCUUCUGCCUCCACCUCUUACCUCCUAUCGUCUGCCUUCCCAUUAUUCUAAUGAUCCUACUAUGAACACUUCAAAAACACAUAUAGGAAUGAUAAGUUCCACUUCUGUAACAAAUGGUUCUUUAAACUUUAUGCAACAAUCGAAUCCAUCAGAUUUCAUUGAUACACAGUUAAUAAAGAAAGAUCGCGGCGAAUCAGACGGUGGUGGAGGGUCAAGUGAAUCAGAAGUAUCUAAUGAUUAUUUUAGUGCUGUUAGGCAUGGUGGAAGUAGCAGUUUUCAACUUGAUAAUAUUAGCAUCAAUAACAACACUAACCCCACUAUGAACAGAAACUUCACUUUAAUGAACAAUGAAUUACUGCCUAGUAAGAAAUAUGAUUGUAAUAACAAUAAUAAUAAUACUAAUGAUGGAAUCGGAGAAGAUGAUUACCUAACAGGUGAUGAUAGUGAUUUAGACGACGGUGUUGACAGUGUCGAUGAUGAUUAUGACGAUGAAGAUUUAGACGAAUACUACGAUGAUGAUUCGUAUAAUGAUACUGAUGAUCCAGACGGAGAUUACGAUGAACAAGAGGGUGAAGAAGAUGAAUUCAGUUGUGGUGGUGGUGGUGGGCCUGGAGGUGGAGAUAUCCUAGACAUGUCUGAAGGAACUGGUCAGUCUAGCUUCACUUGUUCCACAUCGUCAUACCAUAAGUCAGAAUAUGAAACAGAAUCAAAUCUUAUUGGUAACAAUUCUUCGCAUAUUCAUGCCAACUCUAAUAAUAACAACAACAGAACUGCUACUCCAAACAAUCCAACUACUGUUACUACUACUAAUAGUAAUAAUAAUAAUAGCAGCGAUAAUAAUGAAGCGUUAUAUAAUGAUUGUACUACACACAAAAAUAUUUUUCGACUUGGACAGAUAUUUACAACAUCAGUGGAACAUGAUUAUAAAGUUAUUGAAUUAGUUCAACAAUUUAUUCCGAAAUUAAAAUGUAGUCUAGCUGAAUUAUGCUCAUUUUUAAAAUCAAGAAAUCUUGAAUCCAUUGAUCCAUCUUCUAUUUCUGACAAUAAUAAUAACAGCAGCAAUAAUGAAGUCAUCAAUGAAUGUAUCAAUGCUGAUUCUGGGAUGAUGUGUGGUGGAUCAUCUUAUAUAGGAAAUUAUUCAAAUUCCCUUUUAUUGUUAUCCUCCUCCUCAUCAACAACAUCGCCUUCUGUACAGGAAUCACAACUGCAUAAUACCAAUAUUAUUGAUUCUCAGGGAAAAUUAACUCAUCCUGUCAUUAGCUCAACUGAAACCAAUGCGUCAAUGUUAAAAAAUGAAAGAGUUAAUUAUUUUCCUAUACCUGGUUCCGCUCAAUUCAAUGACAAUAAUAUAAUUCUAAAUAACCCGUAUUUAGAUGAUUUAUUGUCUUCUUUAUGCUCAUUAUUAGAGACAUGUUUAUUUUAUUUAGUUGAUUGGAUGGCUCAAAUUGAACCUUUUAAGGUGUUACCGGUUGAAGACAAAAUGCAAUUGUUGAAUAGCAGUUGGAGUGAAAUUAUCCUAUUGGAAUUCAUUCAUUUCUAUUUAACACAUUUAAAUAAUAUAAAAAGGAUAGACUCGGAGUUGAAACAACGUCCCACGAGUUUUGUGGAUCCACUGAACAUUUACUCCUCAUUGUUUCCAAUGAACACAAAUCUCAAUAACCAUCACAGUAAUAUUGGUAAUGUCAAUGUCUCCACAUCAUGUUCAUCAUCACUGUCCAACUCGUCUAUAUCUAUAGAAAUAUGUGAACUAAUUGAAGCUUUGCUAAACACACUGUUAGGUUCACAAUCAGAAUUAAAGCAUAAAUUAAAUGAUUUAUUGAAAACAUUUCAGCAGUUACAAUUGGAUCAUAAAGAGUUUACUUGCUUAAAAUUUAUUGUUUUAUUCAAUCCAUCAAAACAUGAUACGUUUCUCACGUCCAAUUUAAGUUAUGUUCUAAAAAUUCAAGGGAAGCUGUGUCAUUUCUUAUUGAAACGAUCAAGACGAUAUCUACGUCAGCUGAUAAAUCGUUCAAACGAAUCACAGGCGAAUUGUCUAUCAGUAGAUGGUUUAAAUAAAUUAUUACUUCUACCGGAUAGAUAUGGACGAAUUUUAUUAGAAUUAGCUGAAAUAAAAUACCUUGCCUUUCAAUUGGAAAAUUUUCUACUAUCACGUUAUAGAUCUGCUAAAAUACCAAAUGAAAGUUUAUUAAGUGAAAUGUUAUUAACAAAACGUAGUCGAAUACCUCCUCAACCGUCAACAACAUCAUCAUCAUCAACAGCAGCGGCAGCAUCCACAGCCACAGCGGCAUCAUCUAAUCUGAUGACAUCAAUGCAAUCGUCGUAUCAACCUAAUCGUCAAUAUCCUGUGUACAGUAAUAACAAUAAUAAUAAUUUGAAAAUUCCUGCCACACCCUCCUCUUCCUCGUCGUCCUCGUCCUCCUCCUCAUCAUCAUCAACAGCAUUGUCCUCUAAUGAUAUUGUCAUGCUUACUAGUAGUGAUCGUAGAUCAGACAGUGAAAUCAAAUCAUUUACAGUUGAUAACAAUAAGAGUAAUUUAGUAACAACAAGUACCACCGUUAGUAAUGAUAUAAAAUUGAAUUCUGUGAAUUGUAUUCCUUCGUCAACAGCAUCAUCCUCUCCGUCUGUACAUCUUCAGCCACAGUGUUCUUCCACUUUCCUAUCAAAUAGUAAUAAUUCAUCUGUGUUAUUAAUUGAUGCACAGAAAUCUUGUCCAUCUUUUCUAAAUUCAUUUUCUAAUCCUGUAUGUGCUUUUACAUCAUCUCAGGUAACUGAAAAUUGUUUUCAUAAGAAAAAUGAUAUUAUUGUUAUUAUAGUAGUAGUAGUAGUGGCAAUAGUCAUAGCACUAUUGGUACUACUAUUACCACUACGAUGACAACCAGCAGCAUAACUCCUCCUCUUCCUACUACUACUAGUAGUAGUGAUAGUAAUGAACUAUACAGAUCUUUGUCAAAUAUUACUACGACACCAUCAUCAACUAUCAUCAAUCUUCAUCAUACCUCACUUUUAUCAUGAGAAAAGCAUUUUCAUUUUGUUUUCUUGUUUCUUUUUGUACUUAUUCUGGUUGCUAUAUUUUUCCUCUUUAGUGUGUACACUUGAGUGUAAAUCAGAGAGAUUGCGCUCGAGAGAGUGAGAGAUACAUGGAAAAGGAAGAGGGGAAAGAUGGAUUGUGGGGAUGGUGGGAAGGUGGUUUGAUCGUCUUUUCUAUUUUAUCACCUUUUAAUAUUCCUUUUUUCCUUUCUGAAUAAAUGCCUUGAUUUGUCUUUUUCUAAUGUUUCGUUAGUUUAUUUAUUUACUUAUUUGUUUGUUUGUUUUCCUAGAGGUUUUGUUUUCUUAUAUGCCUGUACAUGUAUGCAUACCAUGCUGUUGUUUCUUUCACCGAUCGACUGAUUGGUUUAUACAAGAAACCACACGUACAAAUGUAUUCCUGUACACUCCUGAUAGUAUCCUUUUUGAUAUUCGAUACUUCUUGGAGGGAGAGAGAGAGAGAGAGCGACAUGAUUGACACCUUCUAAAUCUUAUGAAGAGUAUUCAUUGUAUUUUAAUGAAAUACAGUUGUAUAUAUGGUGUUUGGUGUGUUGAAAGACUACAAAGUUGAAGAAACCUUUCAACUAGUGUGUGUGUUGUUAAUAUUCAUCUUUUCAAUUUCAAUCGUUUUUCACACAUAUUUCCCUCCUCAAUGACUUUCCCUUCUUGAUGUGUUGUGUGCUAGGCUGUGAAUAUUUUUUGACUUGUCGAAGCUUUUAUUUAUUAUUAUACAAAUAACAUAACCGUCAGUUUUAGCAUACAGUGUUGCCAAGAUACAUAAACAUAUAUAUAUAUAUAUAUACGCAGUUGUUGACCAACGUUUACCGUCAUUUCCACCUACAUGUACAGAAAAAGAAAAAUUCUUAAAAAACAAACCAUGUUUCAUCUACCUCAUUCUCAAUUGCUAUUAUGAUCCUUAACUUUUGUUCUUUAUUGUCACGAUUAAUUAGUCAUGUGAAUCACGAUAGUUUGUGUGUAUUUAUUGGUUUGUGUGAGGAUGGAUCACGAUCACACACACAUACAAACAUGGAGAUGGAUAAUAUGCAUACGUUAAUUCUCAUUCUCAGGCAGUGUUUUCGUUGUUUUUUUGUUGCUGUCGUCUUUUAAUCUCUCCCUCUCUUAUUUAUAGAAGUAUUCGUAUGUUUUUUCUUUUGAACUUUAUAAAACACACACACAUAAGUGCAUUUCAUUGUCUUUUCCGUUGUCUCUUAAAAAAAGUGUUCUAGAGAAGCAGAAGAACACUCGGCUUUUGUGUGCACACUGUAUAUCAGUUUUGUUAGUCACUUCUAGUUAUCUUGAAAAGUUUUCCUUUUCAACAAAACUCAGGACCUCUUAGUUUUCUUUCUUUUUUUUAAAAUUUCUAGUAGUCUCUUAAUUUUGUUUUCUGAUUGUAAUGUGAAAUACAAAAUGAAAACUCCUUGUUUUUCCCACAAGUCUAUACAUAUUAUUAAAUGUAUGCCUAGUACUGUUGUUAUUAUUUUCAUAAAGCCAAUUACUUUUAAUGCACAGGAUAUUUGUCUAAUCAUAUUGUUGUUUGCAUUUAUAUUAGCAAUUGUGUAGUAGGAUUUUUGUUGAUAUUUUCUAAACCCCUCAGUUUUUGUUUGUUUGUGGUGUUUGUACGCAGAGAUUGCUGCUCAAUCUCAUCUUUUUGUGUAUGUGUCUGUAUGCGGUAUAUAGUGUCGAAUAACCUCAUACUCAUUAAUUUGCUCACUGUCUACUAUUAGUAUCCUCACUGGAGAUUAUGUUUUUACAGCUGCUUCUAUUUUUUUGACUAGUUUAUCAUGUCGCUGUCCCUCUGCGUAACUCCCCCUUAUCCUUCUUCUACGACUAUAAGACAAUCAUUGUUCAAUAAAAGUCUAUCGUUACCUUGUUUUGGAUAAAGAAAAUUUGAUGUUAUUGUAUCUGUUAUCUGUGAGGCGAUUGAUUCAUACAACUUCCCCAACUACCCAUUCACCUCUGUUUUUUUGUUAUUGUUCUGGAGCUGUCAUCGGUCAACUUUCUUUUUAUUGAUCCGUUAUGAAUCUCAUCACCUCCUAGUCCUGAUUAUCCUGAGUAGACUAAUUAACGUUUGUGGGAUUAUUAGUAAAGUGGAGAAGUAUCCUGCAACAAAAGAGUGUUGUAUAUGCUGUAUGUUUUACAUUAUCUUUCUGAUUUUCUUUCAUUUAUCAUUUUUAUCUACCUCUGUAAUUCUUGCAUUCAGUUACAUCGUAUUGUGUGUGUGUGUGCAUAUUGUUGUUCUUUUAUUUAUUUGUUUCUCCUUUUGUAGUUGCCUUCUCUUUUGUGUCAUUUUUACUACUGUUUUGUGUGCUGUCCAACACUGUCUUUUGAUUAAGAUUUUCCACACACAUAAAAAUAUAAGAUGUUAGCAUAUUAUGUACCAAUAACGCUCAACAUAUAUACUCAUUCGUCGAGAGUAAAUGUGAAGUAGAAAGUAUACUACUGAACUGAUUCUAUUCAAUGUGAUUAUUCUUUCUCCUUUCUUACAAUUCAACAAGUGUACUCAGCGUCUUUUGUGUGUAAAUGUUGUUUCCGUUACCUCUUAAAUGCAUUUUUUCUCGGGAUUUAUCAAUCUUCUUGUAUAUAUGUGUCUAUACACUAUUUAUAUGUAAGUGAAAUAUUCAUCUCAACGUAUGUGUGUGUGGGUGUUUCAUUUCCAUUUUCUGUGUCACAAAUGUAGGUGCUGUUGUUGCUGUUGGUGUGGCCAUGAUGAUGAUGUCAUCAACGUUGAAACGAUCAAUUCUCUCUCUCUCUACCUUGACCAUUUCAAAUUUUUGCGUAUACUGUUUGAAAACAGGUGGUUUACACGCGAAAUAAACAAACAACAAGAACAAAAAUAAGUCAAUACAUUUUCUCCCCUUUGUCUUCUUCUUUAUUUUUAUCCCCAUUAUUUGUGUUUUAUACAGAGAGUGAAUUAUGUAAGUUGUAUUUUUGUGUCAAUACACUUCAUUGUUUUGUCAACUUCUAUUCAGUUGACUUUUCUCUCCAUUGUUUUUUUUGUGCUCCUUUUGUUAUUCAGAUAAUAUCAUCAAUAAAUGAAAGAUAAUCAAAUUUAGUACUCAGGAAUUUAAUUGUACAUACUUAUUUCUCUUCAUUUUUGUUAGUUGACUUACUCUAUUGUUUCUUUCUCCUUGUACUGCUACCUUUUCUUUUCGUGUCAGUUUAGAGUGUUUUCGCUUUCACUCAUUCACACUGUUUGGCUGGCUAGCUGUUGUGUGUGUGUGUGUUUGUAUAUUCAUUCGCCUUUCUUUUCCUAGGACUUUUAUUCAUGUAUUUAUUUAAUAUUAAGUAAAUGACUGUGAAUGGGACGACCACACCUACCUACUUGUUACCCUUAUUUUCACCUUUGGAUCACCUCUCUUUGUGUGCCUCUGAAUUGUUGUUUCUCUACCUCUCCCGUAUUUAGCUUUUUUCUUAUUCAGGCAGCUUUUUAUCGUAUAACUAACUAAGUAAACUAACUCAGUAACUAAUUCAAUAUCCAACACAUUUAUGUCUGUAAUAUGAAUUCAAAUAUUUUUGUUUUACCUACCUCUAUUACUAUUUGUAUUCAUCAGUAUACACAUAUAUGUGUGUGUUAGUGUAUUUAUUGUUCAGCUGAAAGAUAUGUGUAAGCAACACAUACACACACACACACACAUGUAAAUCCACUGUUACUUUGCCUUGUACCGUUGUAGUUCUUAUUUUCCGCCACCCCCUCCCACCAUCACUCCCAACUCCCUCUUUCUUUUUUGUUAUUUUUUAAAAUCCUCAUGUAUUAUAUCUAGUUAUUACGUUUUAUUACCUAUUAUUUCAGUUUUUGAGUAACACUAAUGCCAGUGUUGUUUUACAAAUCCUCUACUUCCACUAUUAUUGUUAUUAUUAUUAUUACGAUGAUGACGACGAUGAUAACUAAAAAUUAAAUAAAAUUAAUUUUGUGAAUAUUCCCUUUUAACUUCUAAAUGUAUGUGUAUAUAUUGAUUCGUUGAAAAAGACUAGAGGUUAUUGAGGUCUGAGCUGCUGUGUGUGUUUCAGUGAGGUUCGUAUGUGAGCUUUUGUGUAUGUGUGUGUGUGUGUGUGUGGCGGGAACUAAGCUUAUCGUAGAGAUUAUGCCUGUCAU